AUGAAUCUCAAGAGGUCUAUGCCAGUCCUUCUAUGGGCGUCGCUGGUGAUUCUCGUCGAGAGUAAUCCAGAACCUCAACCCGUGGCGGAUCCAUUCGAAGUAUUUACAAUCACGGCAGACAACAUUACGGCCAAGUUCAUCCCCCAUGGAGCUCGCCUGAUUUCUCUACUGGUACCCGACAAGGAGGGCACUCCACAGGACAUUGUUGUCGGCUAUGAUGAUCCAACCCAGUAUCUCAACGAUACCCAAACCAGCCAUACUUACUUUGGAGCUGUUGUUGGCCGUGUUGCCAAUCGCAUUAAAAACGGCUCAUUCACUCUGGACGGAACUGAAUACAACAUCCCUAAGAAUAUUGCUGGCCUAUACACCCUGCAUGGCGGGAAUGUUGGCUACGAUCAGCGAAACUGGAGUGUGACUGCUUACACGUCUUCAUCCGUGAGUUUUACUCUGCACGACAAUGCAGAAGAAGGUUUUCCAGGAGACGUUGUCACUCAUGCGACAUACACCGUCAACUCUAAGCGCACUGCAGACAACCCGCAGGGACUCCCCAGGCUGGUGACGGAGCUGGUUUCUCUAGCGCUCACUGAAUCUACCCCCAUCAUGCUUUCAAACCACAUCUACUGGAACUUGAACGCGUUCAAGAAACCCACUGUUCUUGACGACACCUGGCUGCAACUUCCGUUAUCUAGGAGGUUUGUCGAAACGGACAGCAAUCAGGUUCCUACCGGCAUCAUCGCCACGGUUGAUGGAGACCACGGCAGCAUGGACUUUACUGCCGGCAAGACUAUUGGCCAAGAUAUACAGAAUACCGAAGGGCUAUGCGGGCCUGGUUGCAUCGGCUACGACCACUGCUUCAUCAUUGACCGCGAUCCCCUCUACGAUACUGCCGAUAAUAAUUUGGUUCCGGCCCUUCGCUGGCAUUCCAGAACUACAGGAAUCAGCAUGGAUGUUGCGACAAAUCAGCCCUCAACGCAGGUCUUUUCGUGUCUGAACAUGGACGGAACAAUUGCUGUCAAACCUUCUCAGAUUGAGCGUAACGGAAAGGACGAAGAGGCUGCUGACUUUGUUGAGAAAUAUGGCUGUCUUGCGAUUGAGCCGGAAGGCUGGAUAGACUCUAUCAAUCAUCCUGAAUGGGGCCAGGACGUGGUCUACUCCCCCGGGGACCCUCCGGCCAUUAACUAUGCCAGUUACACGUUUGGAACUAUCUGA